CCUUUUCUGCCUUGGCCAAAUACAGCCAUAAUUUUCGCCAUGUUGUGAACUUCUUAUUGUCGGAAAAAUUAUAAGACAUCUCUUUACUGGCAUAACGACUUGUUAAAGGACUUCUGUACGAAUCAAAUACUGAAGGAUCAUCCAUUUCACCUGCAAAAACUGGACAAAAACUUUAAAAUUUGGUUUAAAAAUUAAAAUGUUCGAAACAUGUGAUUAACAGUGCUUUAAAUAUUUUGUUUCGCGGAUUUUCCCGCCUUGCGCCAGACCUCUGGCAGUGUGGCUGCGCCAAAAUGAGUUCGCCAAUUUUGUUUAUGUUUAUUUUUUGUUUGUUUAUUGCUGUUGUUUGUUUUGGUGGAGUGACAUUCUCGCUGUUUACAUCCAAUGUGAGUAGGAAACUAUUUAGUUGUUGUCGAUUUUAUGUUUAUUGCGAACUUUAGACUUUUUCAAAAUUAUUUACACUUGUACCGUAACGUGCAUCUAAUCAUGAACACUUGCAGAUGAAAGCAUUGUAAAGUCACGUGAAACUACAGUGUUUGUCACGUGAAACAACAGUGUUUAUCAAGAGCAUUUGAAGGUGUCAAUCAGCUCAGCCAGUCAAACUUGACUGGCUGGUCAAUAUUACUGUAAAAAAUGUCAAAUGCUUUUGACAAACAUGAAAGUUUUGUGCAAGAAUAGACAUUGUUUUAUAGUGAUGGGCGAUUACCGAUUACUUGGUAUCGAUACCACCCGAUACCAGGCCCAAAUUGGAAGUAGUCGAUACUGCACGGUAUCGAAAAAGUGUUUUGAUUACUUUUAGGGUUAGACAUUCAUUAUCAUUCUGUAGUUGUGUCAUUGUUUUCAUGGUUAUUUCUAAUAAAAUUUAUGUACUUUUUUGUAUUUUGCUGCAUUUACCAAUUUAAUCAAACUUCCUUUACCUGAUUUGACAUUCUAUCCACUUCCCUGAUUGAUAUUCCUGAACUCGGCGACAGAAUAAAUUAUGAAAAAGGCGGGAAAUAAAUUAAUUUUUGUUUUUUCAUGGUUAUAAUGGCGAAAAAUUCUGAAAUACAAUCGUCAUCGUAGUAAUCGUUUGGGUAAUCGAUACCUCGAUACGUUUACGAAAAAGUAAUCGCAUCGUAUCGAUACAGGUGGUAUCGCCCAUCACUAUUGUUUUAUUUGUGACUGUUCAUCCUUUGAUCACCCAGGCAGCUUCGGCUAGCAUGGAUUCACAGAAUACAAGACUAUUGGAUAUAAUAAAAAUUAAUAAUUCACUCUAAAUAUCUUGCUGCACAAUGCUUGGUGAAAAGUGAAAACCACAUAUAUUAAUGAUAUGCUAUAUUCUCAGAAUUUUCCGGCUUGCUGUCUCGAGUAUGGCACGGCGUGUUAUUUUGGGUUGUUAAUUCCAACCACAGUGCCAGUGUUUGUUGUCUUCGUGUAUUGUAAUUGGCUCGGACACAAGUUUUUCAUUCACAACUGAUUCUGGUAUCUUACAGGAUUUGAACAUGAAUUUCAGGUGAGUUAUCUUAUAAUAUACAUGGUGGCAUGGUGUCACCAGAGUUGAAGGGAGGGUUGAAGUUAGGAUUAAAAUUAGAUUUAAGGAUUGGGAUUGAUUUUCAGGUAGUUGCAUCCCAAUCAAUCCAAAGCAGAACAUAUUCAAUUACCUAUUUCAUUAGAGACUGAGGGGGGACCACACCCAGUUCAUCAAUGGGACCACACCCUUGUUCCAGCAAAGCUUAUCUCUAACCCCCCAUGUCUUAGUCUCCCUACAGGAGCGUGUUUCAUUCCCAGAGGUUUAUUCAAUCAAAAUCUUAACCUAAUAAUCAUUUCAGGUGGCUCAACCUUAUCUGAUGUCUCUGGUGUUAUCACGCGCCACCUGGGCUAGUGAUCUACCAUCUCAAUCUAUCUUUUCACAAGUUGGUUGGCCAACGUAUCUGAGUAAUAUUACGCUAUGAAAAGUGCCCAUAACAUAACAACUCCAUCAUGAAGACGGUUUACCAGCGAAACAACCAUGCCUGAACAUUCAUUUCAAAUUCUGAAAUACCAACUUCGCGAUUCAUAACAAGAGACGCAAAAUAUGUUAAUUAAAAUGCUAUCUCAAACUCAUUACUAUUCACAAUAAACAUCCAUAAAUUUCGCGUUGAAUUUGUCUUCAAAUACCGAUUCAUUUGAGACGUUUUAUCAAAGACGAGGACUAGUUUAUUACAGUGAUAUCAUAUGAAAUACCGAAAAGUGUGUUGAAAACGACGCGAUAGCUAAUUUCGUAAAUCAUAAUACACGCCUUCGAUAGUGAUGUCACAAACCUCUCCCCAGCACGGCAGCCUCGUUCUGAUGAGACGUAAGCGAAUGGCAUUUCAUCCUUACUCACGAGAACGAGGCUCCCAGGCCAAAGGACGUACUCGUGACAAGGGUGUAUUCUUUAAAUAGUUUCGACAUUGUAUAUUACGUGUCUUAUUGUCAGAAAUAAACAUCCUUCGCUUUCGCUUGCUGUCAUCAAGUCACACGCUUGCCGUCGCUCAGUCUUGCCUAGCCAGACACUCUGCCUUCCACAACGGAAGACGAAUGACAAGAUACACUUCCUUUUUGACUUAAACUGCCCGAAAACAUUUUAAUACGAGACAAGAAGACCCUAUACCUUCCCUGCUUUCAAGUUAAAAACGUUCUCGUACUUUUAAACAAGAGAAACAAUUCAAAAACAACUUUAUACAGUACAGUACUGUAAUAGUUCAUUCACAUAUCUUCAAGCCGCCUUGCAAAUGCUUGCUUUUAAUCUAAAUUAUAUAGCACUUGAUGCUAAUCUAUUCUUGGAUCUCAUAUUAAAUUAAACAGCCUAAAGCCGGAUUCUAUAUAUAAAUAUUGACUGGAUAUUCUGGCGAGGCCACCCAGAGUAAAUUUUUUGGUCUUGGUACAGUACAAUGAAUAUGAUAUCACUGGGUUUCUCCCGCUAUGACCACUUACUAUCACACACGGAAUCACACAGCUGAUAGUGGUCAACCUGCAGUUAUCAAAGUGGAGAAUUGGAGAAAUAAUGUUAACUUAAUUCGUUCAGUCUUGUAUUGGGUGGUAAAUAAAUAGAAUUCAGAGAUUUAAUUUUCUUACUCCUUGAAGCGUCAUUUGUGAAGUUGACUAGCAUCUGCUGGGCUGUACCGCUCUGAAACUCGUCGUAACAGAUUUUUUGCAUGCUUUAAAUAAAGAUUGGAAUGAACCAGCGAUAAGCUAAUGCAAUUGUCUUCGGAAAUUUGGCAGUUUUAUGAGGAAACUGCGAGAUGUUUCAGAUAUAGCUCACACAUAAACCCUAUAAUGAAAUUUACAGCGAGAUCUUGG